CUCUCUCUCUCUCUCUCUGUAACUCUGCAACUAUCACAGUUGCUCUCUCUUCAACAUUCUCUCUCUCUCUCUCUCUCUCUCUAAAACUUUCUCUCUCUAAAAAUCUUGCUCUAUAACAAUACAACAAAGCUCAGAGCAAUUCCCAACUAACUUUCUCUCUCUAUGUCUGCUAUAAUAAGCUCAAAGCAGCACAUUCUAGAAGCUUCGAGAACUUUUGGCUCAGAUCUUGAACUACAAGCUUCACAGUGUGAAACAGAUCCAUGGGAAUGAAAGUUCUGUUUUCUUGCGCUAUGUAGAAUCGGAUCUUCAAAGCAAUAUUUUUGGUGAUGUAAUAUAGUUGAUGAAACCAAUGGAGGAAAGCAGUACCAGAGGGGAUUUAAGGCAGUCAUCAUUUAAGUCAGGUGGCACUUUUAAGCCAACUCUGUCAGGAAAGUCAACUCCUCGGAAUUCUCCUACAUUUCGAAGACUGAACUCGAGUCGAACUCCACGAAGAGAAGGUAGAAGUGUUGGAGGUAGAAUGCAGUGGUUUAGAAGCAACCGGUUGGUGUAUUGGUUGCUAUUGAUUACUCUUUGGGCUUACUUGGGAUUUUAUGUUCAGUCCCGGUGGGCUCACGGUGAUAACAAGGAGGAGUUUUUGGGGUUUAAAAAUAAGGAAAGUAAUGGAAAUCCAGAUACUGAGCUGAAUCCCCGAAGGGAUUUGAUUGCAAAAGAUGAUGUAUUUGCAGUCAAUAAUGGGACUAUCAAAAGUGAGGCUCAAGAGGAUAAAGGGAUGGGUGUAGUUUUGGUUAAAAAAGAGAAUGUUGUUUCAUCAAAUAGGAAAUUAAAAUCAAGGAAGAGAAGUAGAAGAACACGACGUAGAUCGCGUGGUAAGCAGAAGACAGCAUUAGGGGUUGAACACAUUGACAAAGAGGAACUAGAACCAGAAAUUCCAAAUAAAAAUGCUUCUUAUGGGUUGCUUGUUGGUCCAUUUGGCUUGACAGAGGAUAGAAUUUUGGAAUGGAGUCCUGAGAAGCGUUCUGGAACCUGUGACAGGAAGGGAGACUUUGCACGUCUUGUUUGGUCUAGGAGAUUUGUGUUGAUAUUCCAUGAGCUUUCAAUGACAGGGGCUCCAAUUUCAAUGAUGGAAUUGGCAACAGAGCUUUUAAGCUGUGGAGCUACAGUUUCUGCUGUAGUUCUUAGCAAAAGAGGUGGGUUGAUGCCAGAACUUGAUAGGAGAGGAAUCAAGGUGCUUGAGGACAGAGCUGACCUCAGCUUCAAAACUGCCAUGAAGGCAGAUCUUGUCAUUGCUGGAUCAGCAGUCUGUGCAUCAUGGAUUGACCAAUAUAUUGCUCAUUUUCCAGCUGGUGGCAGUCAAGUUGGUUGGUGGAUAAUGGAAAACCGGCGAGAGUACUUUGAUCGGGCAAAGGUUGUCCUUAACCGAGUGAAAAUGCUGAUUUUUCUAUCUGAAUCACAGUCUAGACAAUGGCUAAAUUGGUGUGAAGAAGAAAACAUUAAGCUGAGAUCUCAGCCUGCAGUUGUUCCGCUUUCUGUUAAUGAUGAACUAGCAUUUGUAGCUGGCAUUUUUAGUUCACUUAAUACGCCAUCUUUCACUACUGAAAAAAUGCAACAGAAAAGGCAGUUGUUGCGGGAUUCAAUUAGAAAGGAGAUGGGAUUAACAGAUAAUGAUAUGCUUGUAAUGUCCCUGAGUAGUAUAAACCCUGGAAAAGGCCAGCUCUUACUUCUUGAGUCAGCACGCUUGAUGGUUGAACAAGAACCUUUGGAUGAUGAUCCUCAAAUAAAAAAUCCAAUGGAUAUUGGCCAAGACCAAUCUACCUUGGCUAGAAAACACCAUUUAAGAGCUCUGUUACAAGUUGAAAAUGCCAAGACCAACAAAUCACCUACUUUAAGUGGCUCUUUUGUCAAGUUGAAAAUACCCAAUGGGAAAACCUUGCGGUUACGUAGUCUCUUUACAUCUGUUAAUGACACAGAUGCUGUGAACUUUUAUGUCAAUCAAGGAAGAACAAUGUUGUCUGAUAAUGGGGAAAAACCAGAACAGUCGCUUAAAAUUCUUGUUGGUUCUGUGGGAUCUAAGAGCAACAAGGUGCCUUAUGUCAAAGGACUUCUAAAAUUUUUAUCCCUGCAUUCAAAUGUGUCGAAGUCAGUGUUGUGGACUCCAGCAACUACACGUGUAGCCUCACUCUAUUCUGCUGCAGAUGUUUAUGUCAUAAACUCCCAGGGACUGGGAGAAACAUUUGGGAGAGUGACAAUUGAAGCAAUGGCCUUUGGACUUCCGGUGCUUGGAACAGAUGCUGGUGGGACAAGAGAGAUUGUUGAUCACAAUGUAACAGGUCUUCUUCAUCCUCUGGGGCGUCCAGGAACUCAUAUCCUCGCUCAAAAUCUUUGGUUUUUGCUUAAAAACCCAUUGGCAAGGGAGCAAAUGGGAAUGGAAGGACGAAAGAAGGUAGAGAGAAUGUACCUAAAGCGGCACAUGUACAAGAGAUUUGUGGAGGUUCUCGUCAAUUGCAUGAAAACCAAAUAACACUGAGAUAUUCUCAUUCUUUCAUUGAUUUUUGAAUAUUAAAGGGUGCUGUGGGUGUAGAAAAUAGAAAUUUUAUACCCUUCUGAUUGAUUGACAGAAUACCAUACCCAGUGAUAUAAUAUUCCUCAAGAAAUUAAAAGGAUUUUGAUUCCUCAAAAGGGGCUCAAUUUGAA